GGUUUUUCCAGCUACUCCGCCAUGUCAGAAGCAAUCCUCUCAGAGUUCGGCACACAAAUAUUUAUUCCGAUAUGCGCUCUCAUCGGAAUCGCUUUCGCAAUCAUCCAGUGGUUUCUAGUUUCUAAAGUAAAGGUGACACCGAAUUAUUCUCCAGCCAACAGGAACGGCCAAACGGAGCCUCUGAUACAGAACGUAGAUGUUAUUAACGACCGAUACCUUGUUCACCGUUGUGCCGAAGUUCAAAGCGCCAUCUGUGAGGGAGCAACUUCCUUCAUUGUCACUGAGGGUCAGUAUGUUGGCGUUUUCAUGGCUGCCUUUGCAAUUUUGAUAUUUCUUUUCCUUGGAUCUGUGGAAGGAUUCAGCACAAAGAGCCACACUUGUACAUAUGACACCACAAGAAGUUGCAAACCUGCUCUUGCAACUGCAGUAUUCAGUACCAUAUCUUUCUUGCUCGGUGCUGUCACCUCUGUAGUUUCAGGCUUUCUUGGAAUGAAAAUUGCUACAUUUGCAAAUGCAAGAACUACUUUGGAGGCAAGAAGGGGUGUCGGAAAGGCAUUUAUUGUUGCAUUUAGAUCCGGUGCGGUCAUGGGAUUUCUCUUUGCUGCAAAUGGUCUUCUGGCUUUGUAUAUCGCUAUCAACCUAUCUAAACUAUACUAUGGUAAUGACUGGGAAGGCCUCUUUGAGGCAAUAACUGGUUAUGGCCUAGGAGGGUCUUCUAUUGCCCUUUUUGGCAGAGUUGGUGGAGGCAUAUAUACCAAAGCUGCUGAUAUUGGGGCUGAUCUAGUAGGCAAGGCGGAGAAAAAAAUUCAAAAAGAUGACUCUAACAAUCCAGCGGUAAUUGUGGAUAAUGUUGGUGAAAAUGUUGGAAAUAUUGCUGGUAUGGGAACAGAUCUCUUUGGGUCUUAUACAGAGUCAUCAUGCAUAUCCCUUGUCGUUGCUUCAAUCUCCUCAUUCGGGAUAACUCAUGACUUUACUGCAAUGUGCUACCCACUUCUUAUUAAUUCCAUGGGUAUUCUUGUUUGUUUGCUCACCACAUUAUUUGCAACUGAUUUCUUUGAAGUCAGAUCUGUGGGUGAGAUUGAGCCCGCAUUGAAGAGGCAACUCUUAAUCUCUACUGCGGUAAUGACUAUUGGUGCAGCAAUAAUUAGCUAUAUUGCUCUUCCUUCUUCAUGCACCAUCUUCAGUUUUGGAGCUCAGAAAGAGAUUAAGAACUGGCAGUUGUUCCUAUGUGUAUGUGUUGGUUUGUGGGAUGGACUUAUUAUUGGAUUUGUCAUGGAGUACUUCACAAGCAAUGCUUUCAGUCCUGUUCGAGAUGUUGCUGAUUCCUGCCGUAUUGGAGCUGCUACUAAUGUUAUUUUUGGUCUUGCAUUGGGAUAUAAGUCUGUUAUAGUGACUAUUAUUGCCAUUGCAGUUGCCAUUUUUGUCAGUUUUAGUUUUGCUGCUAUGUAUGGUAUUGCAGUAGCAGCACUUGGAAUGCUCAGCACUAUGGCUACUGGGUUAGCCAUCGAUGCAUAUGGUCCCAUCAGUGACAAUGCUGGAGGUAUUGCCAAGAUGGCUAGAAUGAGCAUCAGGACUCGGGAGAGUACUGAUGCUCUUGAUGCUGCAGGAAACACAACUGCCAAUAUCCGAAAGGGUUUCACCAUUGGUUCAGCAGCUCUCGUGUCCCUUUCUUUGUUGGGUGCAUUUGUUUGCAGAGCAGGAAUAUCGGUAGUAGACAUUAUGACACCAAUAGUUUUCAUUGGUAUGCUAGUGGGUGCCAUGCUUCCUUACUGUUUCUUAGCCAUGACAAUGACAAGUAUUGGCAGUGCAACCCUGAAGAUGGUCAAAGAAGUGCGCUGGCAAUUACAUUCUAUCCCUGGUAUCAUAGAAGGGGUUUCCAAGCCUGACUAUGCAACCUGUGUCAAAAUUUCCACAGAGGCCUCCAUAAAAGAAAUGAUCUGUCCUGGUGCUCUUAUCAUGUUCACCCCCCUCAUUGUCGGAAUUUUGUUUGGUGUGACUACCCUUUCAGGAGUCCUUGCAGGAGCAAUCGUCUCUGGUGUGCCGAUUGCAAUUGCUGCCUCUAGUUCUGGUGUCGCCUGGGACAAUGCAAAGAAGUAUAUUCAGGCUGGUGCAAUCUACCAUACAGAAGGACUAGGCUCUAUAGAAUCUAAUUCACACAAGGCGGCCGUGAUAGGUGAUACUAUUGGAGAUCCUCUUAAAGACGCAUCUGGACUGGCGAUAAACAUCCUCAUCAAGCUAAUGGCAGUCGAAUCUCUCGUUUUUGCUCCGUUUUUCGCCGCUCAUGGAGGCCUGCUCCUGAAAAUUUUCUAAACCAAGAAAACUGUGUAGUGCAAAAAUAUCUAUCCCCAUGUAGUAGUCAUAAAUUUCAGUUGUCAAGAGAUUUACAUGUAAUUCAAUAAUAAAGUGUACUGUUUUCGGUUAGCAAUUUUUUCUUUUUUUGACAAUUUAGAUUUACAUGACUUGCAGUCGAACUGGGUGUCCCGAAAAUAAUCGAAGAUAAACCUUCCACUUGAGCUAUCAAUCU